CUGUCCGAGAUCCCGGAAGGGAAGAACGUGUGCUUCAAGUGGCGGGGAAAGCCGCUGUUCAUCUCGUCACAGGACGGCCAAGGAGAUCGAGCAGGAGGCCGCCGUGCAGCUCAGCGAUCUGAGGGACCCCCAACACGACCUGGACAGGGUGAAGAAACCCGAGUGGGCCAUCCUCAUCGGAGUCUGCACUCACCUGGGCUGCGUCCCCAUAGCCAACGCCGGAGAUUUCGGCGGCUAUUACUGCCCGUGUCACGGCUCCCAUUACGAUGCCUCCGGGCGGAUCAGGAAGGGCCCGGCGCCGCUGAACCUGGAAGUUCCCGAGUACGAGUUUGCAACCGAAGACCUUGUAAUAGUUGGGUAGACGUUUACACUUCCAGGAGGGAUUCUGUCUACCGCCGUUAUCCGUGUUCCUGUCUUCACGCUUUUAAAGAUCCGGUGUUCAAUAUUUUAAUAAUCCAUCACACUAGAUAUGAAGAUCUCUGCUGUGCAGUGUGA